GGCUGAGCCGAACCCCAUCUAUGGAGAUCCCCUUCCCCAGUUCCUGCGUAGUGAGGGUAGGAGGGGAGAAGAGCCACCCCGGCGACACCAACCGGACCACCGCGGUCAGCCAAUCGAGCGGCGGUGUGGUGACUCCGGGUGGCCACGGGCGCGCGGGGCGCAAGCGCGUUCACUCCGGCGACCUCGGCCCACAAGGUGCCGGCUAGGCGGCUACCGUUCUCUUCCUCGACCCGGGUCGGACCCAGCAGCCCGGCGCAGUACCGUCCCCUCUUCGGCAUCCGGUCAGUGCUCUGUUCUUGGGCCCUCGCUGGGAAUCAGAGUUCGUGGAAGCACAGCAGAGCUCGGAAUUCCUUCACCAAUCAACAAUUAUUUCAGUGCUCCUGUUCCAGUCUGGAUUCGGAUUUGCUUCACAUACUCUACUCGGAGUUGGGGUGUGGCCUCGGCUGGCGAUCUAUAAGUAUAGCCAGGACCAGGACCAGCCUGUUCUUUCAUCAAGACUGCGACUUUCCAACAGAGGCUUGUCUUCCAACAGAGAGGCUCUGCUCUAGGCCAUGGAGACCUGCAGCAUAGCCAGGAUAUUCAGAUUGCAAUUGCAAGACCUAGCUAUGUACCCGCACAAGUUGUCCUCUCUAGUCUUCAGAUUUUUGCCCAGGCUGCUGCUAGGCUUCCCUCCCAGCUCACUCAGCAAAUUCUCCAGAGAUGAACAUGUCCAUCCGUCACUGACCAAGACCAAGAUGCUGUCCACAUUGCCGGAGCUGCCGCAGGACAUCUUGAUGGUUAUCUUUGCCGCUCUCGAGAUCCCUGACCUCAUGCGUGCUGGCUCCGUGUGUUCAUCCUGGCACUCCGCAUACGCCGAGCUACGCACCCUUGGGCAGUACAAGCAGCGCCAGACGCCUUGCCUGGUUUACGCCUCUGAAUCUGAUCCUGAUGAUGUUUUGUGCCUCUACAGCCUUGCCGAGAAGAGGUCCUACAAGUUAACUCUGCCGCAGCCACCUAUCCGCAGCAGGUAUUUGAUUGGGUCCUCACAUGGCUGGCUUGUUACCGUCGACGAGAGGUCUGAGAUGCACCUUCUGAAUCCAAUCACCUGUGAACAGAUUGCUCUCCCUUCAGUGACCACCAUUGAGCAUGUGAAGCCCAUAUUUGAUGAGUAUGGUGAUGUCUGCAAGUAUGAGAUGUCAUGGCACUCUGGAAUGCGAAGCAGUCGUGAUCCACCAUCCAUCUUUGCUCUUGCCGAGCUGAGGGAUAGACUCCAGUGGAAGGCGUUUGUAUUUCCUGAUACAUCCACAGGAAGCUACAUUGUGGUGCUCAUCCACAAUCCACAAGCUCAGCUCUCAUUUGCAAAGGCAGGGGAUGAUAAGUGGACCUGGCUACCACCUCAUUUGCUUUUCGAGGACUGCACUUACAAGGAUGGCAUAUUGUAUGCAGUCAAUACAAUGGGAGAAUUUCACGCAUUUGAUCUCAGUGGCUGUGUGGUUACAAUGAAAACGAUUAUGAGGAUACCUGAGCAUUAUGAUUGUAAUGGCAGGUACAUUGUUCAAGCUCCAUGGGGCAGUCUGCUACAAGUGUUUCGAAUAGUGCAUGACCAUGAUUUAGAACCCGAGCCUGGUGCAUGUGAGUACUGGAACACUACGGGAAUUAAAAUAUGUGAGAUUGAUGCUCUUUGGAAUAAAAUUAAGGUGAUCAAUUGCCUGCGUGACCAUGUGUUAUUUCUUGGUCAUAAUCUAUCGCAAUGCCUUAGUGCUGAUGAAUUUCCUGCUCUCAAGGCAAAUCAUUCCUAUUUUACCGAUGAUAAUUUUCUGUGGACAGUGGGACAUAAGAAUAAUCAUCGUGAUAUGGGAAUUCUGAACUUGGAUGAUAACAGCAUGGAGGAGCUUGUGUCUCCUCAGCUUUGGUCCAAGUGUCCAGCUCCUAUGUGGAUUACUCCUGCUCUUAGAAAGAUCAACGCGAUGGGCUCAAUGAGCCAACAACUAUGAAGUGAACUGCUACUACAACUACUACUUGAGAGAGGUCCUGUCUGUGCUGCAAAAAUGGCCUGCCGUGGAAAAAAUGGAUGUGCCAGCGCAGAUCGAGGCCUGGAGGAACCUUAACAGCACAGCCAAACCUGCCGCAGCGAACAGCUACAGAAAUAUGCCCACUGCAAUGCUUGAUCAUCUAUACAAAAGGAAACUAAAGUCAGUUCAAAUUCGAACAGCUACUGAACUAUGCCUGUUGCAGUGUGUUGGUGUAAAACCAAGCUUGUUUAGUUUCUCACAUUGGAAGUGCGAACAAUGCCAUUUGGGUGAAGCUCCUCCUCGAAAAUACAAAGGUGACACACUGUCGUCGUUGCGAACAGGAUCCAGCUAUUCUGCAGUACCUCUUAUAUCCCUUCACAAUCUCAGCAGGGACAGUUUCCCCGUCGACAAUCUGAGCAUAGGUAAGAUAUAUACAAGAUUAAAAACCUGGACCGCAUUAGCAAAUAAAGCAAAGUGAUGCAGUAGUAAAUGAUGCAGCUUGUGUCCAACCGAACCAAUUCUGACUAUCAUUUGUGCAUAUAUGGGAUGGAAUGAUAAAACAAUGCAGAUAUUUUUAUUUCA